AUGUUUGAUCAAGCUACGAGUAUGGGCGAUGGGAUCGCCGAGGAAAGGAACCACUGUGGAUCCAACUCACUGUGCCGCGACCGUGCAAGAGACUCCAAGAGUCGAACCGAACUGGGAAGCCGAUCCCCUAUUCAAAGCUCCACUGACACUCCGGGAACAUCCGCGUCCACACCGACGUCGUCAAGUGAGGACGGACAUGAUAAACUUUUAGGAGUGGAUCCAGAGUACUGCAGAAGAAUUUUAGUCAGAGACGCUAAGGGCACGAUUCGCGAGAUUGUUCUGCCGAAGGGCCUCGACCUAGACCGGCCGAAGCGUACGAGGACCUCCUUCACCGCGGAGCAGCUCUACCGGCUCGAAUUGGAGUUCCAACGCUGUCAGUAUGUGGUUGGCCGAGAGCGCACCGAGCUGGCAAGGCAGCUGAACCUCUCAGAAACUCAGGUGAAAGUGUGGUUCCAAAACCGCCGCACCAAGCAGAAGAAGGAUCAGACCAAGGACACAGACAAACGCUCCUCGUCCACUUCCGAAUCCCUGGCCACCUGUAACAUCCUGCGUCUCUUAGAGCAGGGUCGUCUGCUGUCUGUACCCGCCCCGCCUCCCAACCCUCUCCUGGCCUCCUCUCAUCCGGGGAACGGCUCUCUCCUGGGCAGCCCGGCCGUCUCCUCCUCUUCCUCCUCCUCCUCCUCUGGGGUAAGCUCCACCACUCCUCCGGGGGUGGUGGCAGGAGGAGGCGGGACUUUUGGUCUGUCGCUAUCCUCGUUAGGCGGGACUCCGCCCUCUCCGCGCCUGGGCGUGCCGCCCCCCUCCCUCUGCUUCUCCAUGCCCCUCCUAGGCGGCGCCCAUCACGAACUUUCCGCUGGGUACGGCUGUGGAUCCUCCGCUUUCGAGCCGUACACGCGGUUAGAACGAAAGGACGGGGACUUGGGUGGGAAGAAAACCAUUUCCUAA